AUGAAGCGCAGAGGCCGAGGGCAGGAGGAGAAGGAGGCCUGCGGCGUGUGGCUGGACGCGGCGGCGCUGAAGAGGCGGAAAGUGCAGACACAUUUGAUCACAUCCAAUACCAAAAUGCUGACACUCUUUCCUGGAGAGAGGAAAACUAAGGUUUCUUUGACCCAAAGAACUCCACCUGCAGGUAUUCGGCAGACCAGCAUUGCUUCCUUCUUCAUAUUGCAGCCAGGAAAGACAAAUGGUGGUGACAAGAGAAGUGAUCCAUCUCUUACAGAGAGUCAAAUUAACAAGUCUAAAGAAGAUGUAACCCAACAUCCAGUCCAGGAUAUGGGGCAUUAUUACAUCACCUCUCCUUUAGUCACUUCAACCCCUGCAGGCACCCAGGAAGUUGAAUUUGCUCACUGCAUCCAGGCUUCUGAUUGUCACAGUACAGGAGCCUCAGGUUUGACUGUACUAUCUGCAUUGCAGCCUGAAACUUUUGUCUGUGAUGGAGAAAAGAAAGCCUCCAUGGCUUAUCCACUCACUCAUUUGGAAAGUUCUUGCUCACUGAACCUAGAGGAGGAAGAGGAUUCUUCCAGGAAAAGGAAAUGGUUUCAUGGAUCUAUGAAAAAUAACUAUCAGAGUGUUGAGAGACACAUGAAAUCUCUUGGAGGUAAGAGUAAAAGGCCAUUAGACAGGACUAAAUUGGGCAGAGUGUCUGCUAAAGAAAAUAGGCAGGCUCCUGUUCAAACAUACAAGGAUUCCUGGAAUGGAGAGAACACAGAAUCAGUGAAACAAAGCCCUCCCCCUGUUCCUAUUUCCCGGGAUAUUGAAAACAGUAACUCAUGGAGUCAGCUUUUCACUUUGGAUUCUCAAGGCCAGCAGGUCAUUGCUCACAACUCUAGAUCUCCUUUACGAGAGGUCACCAACAACUGGAAUCAGGACUUAGAAUGGUCUCCUAGUAGCCCUUGGAGCAAAUGCCAGGAUAGAGCAACUCAGUUAAACCUGCAGCCAGAUUUACUUUUUACCCAGGAUUCUGAAGGCAAUCAACUCUUUUUCAGUCCAAGCUUGAGCUUUCGGCAAGACUGUUGCAGAAGAUGUCUAAUUGAGAGGCAGAAACAUCUGCGGUGA